CCACCACUUGUCCUAACGACCACUCGUUCCUAAUCCAAAAACCCAAACCACAAGCAAAACCAAACCAAACCGAUCAAAGAUUCAAAACAAUAGCUACUAGCUAGAGCUCUACUUUCUCUUUGGCUGAUCAUCCAAAACAAUCCCACAAAUGACUCUCAACUUGGGUUGUUCUUGUUCUCCUUGGCUUUUCUCUCACCAAUCUCCUCCACUUCCCAAACUCUCUGAAACCUUUGCCACCAACAACUACUACAACAAUAUUUCUUAUUCUCUUACUUUUGUUAACUUCUCUAAGACCUUCAAGACCAGAGCCUCUUCUUUGAGUGAGAGCCAGAAUGGGUUGGUUGAGAACUCGGUUUCCCAGCUUUUGGACGAGGAGUCGCUUGCUAAGGUUUCGGGUGCUAAGGAUGCCAACGAAGCUUUGGACAUGAUUGGUGACAAGUGUGGAAGAAAUGGAGGUGUUGUGGGAGUUAAUGAUUGUUGCUUGAUUAUAACAGCUGCGCUUGAGCGCAACAAUGCUGAGUUGGCUUUGUCGGUUUUCUAUGCCAUGCGUGCCAGCUUUGACCAAGGUACUACUGAAAAUGGAUCUUUUGCUGAGAUAUGGAAGUGGUCCAGGCCUGAUGUACAUGUUUACACAUCAUUAAUUAGGGGUCUUGCAGCAUCAUUGAGGGUUUCUGAUGCUCUUAGGAUAAUUGAAGAUAUUUGCCAAAUGGGAGUAUCUCCUGCCGAGGAGGUCCCUUUUGGAAAGGUUGUGAGAUGUCCUAGUUGUAUGAUAGCUGUUGCUGUUGCACAACCCCAACAUGGUAUUCAGGUUGUAUCCUGUGCGAAGUGCCGCUACAAGUAUGAACUUAUUUCUGGCGACAUAGUUAGCAUCGAGUCUGAAGAAAUCAGCAUGGAUGUUCCAGCAUGGAAAAGAGGGCUAAGAUUCCUGCAAAUAAUGAAGCAAAGCAUUCCUUCUGCUGUUCACUCUAUCGUGGUAGAGACUCCUUCUGGUAUGGCGCGCACGCACAGAUUUGCUACUGAAACAGUUGAUCUCCCAGCACAAGAAGGAGAAAGGGUUACCAUUGCUGUAGCAGCUCCAUCAAAAGUUUAUAGAGAGGUAGGCCCCUUCAAAUUCAGUCCAAAGGCCCCCAACUUCUAUGCUGGAGAGCCUAUGUGCCUGACAAACCACAAAGAUGGCCGAGAAUCACUAUUGUUAAGAGCACCACUAAAAGAAGGAAACUCAUCCUUACUUAAUCCCUCCAUCCUCUUUCCCCUUCUUGCUGUGUUGGCCACUGGAGAUGCUGCCUCUGGAAUUAUUAACCCCAGCUUGCCCCAGUUCCUUUCAGCUGCUGCAGUCGCAUCUCUUGCUGUGGGGGCUACUGUAAAUGCUUUGGUUCUGCCCCAGUUAAAUCAACUUCCUCAAAGAUCAGUGGAUGCAAUUGCUAUAAAGCAGCAGCUUUUAGCUCAAUAUGAUAUGCUCCAGUCUCGCAUCAAGGACCUUAAAGAAGCUGCUGAAAAAGAGGUUUGGAUGUUGGCUCGGAUGUGCCAAUUGGAGAACAAAAUUUUUGCUGUAGGAGAACCCUCUUAUCGUGCUCGGAGAAGUAGAGUCAAAAGAGUGCGAGAAGGCUUGGAAAACUCCCUCAAGGGACGAAUUGAACUAAUCGACAGCUUUGCAAGAAUUUCUUCAAUGAUUGAAAUCGAAGUAGAAUUGGACUCUGACGUACUUGCUGCUGAAGCAGCAAGCAAUGUGGAAAGUAUUGCUGAACAGAUACAACAAAUAAUGGAGCUAGAGAAUCUUGAAGAGAGAUGGAAACUACAAGCUGAAGCAAACGAUGAGGCAGAAAGACUUCUUAGUUCCCAAUCCAUACCCACAGAACAGAUUUAAACACAUAUGGUUGGUUGUUCUACCCAAGUAUUAAUUGUCUGCAAUGCUCUAUCCAUUGAUUGUAUCUAUUCCAAAAGAUCUUUUUGCUUGAAUCAAUCAAAAAGCAGGCACCAUUCCUCUGAAAUAUUACCAAAAGGAUGCUAAACAGUGUAAUACGUUCAAAAGUCAUGAACAUACCAAUACCAUGACAGGAAUUUAAAGAAUGCAAGAUUGUGGAAAUGAGGUUGGUGGUAUCAAAAGCUUGGUUUUUUUGGUUGUCUCAGUUGAAGACUUUCCCACGGGCUCAAUCAAAGAUAAGGGCGUUAUAUGUAAAUUUUCUCUCACUUAUAUUGUUCAUUGAAAGUUUUAAACUGACCACCACAUUCAUUCCCACAGUGUAGUACAAUUUCUUUUCAUUUUUUUGGGUGUAAAAAGUAGUUCUCCAUUUCAGUGCAUGUGUAUGAUUAACUCAGAUGUUCUGUAGAAUAAAGGGAUCGUUAUGUUUUUGUUUA